UCAACCCAGUUUCAGCCAUUUUGCUUUGGAGGCCAUCCCGGCACAAAUGGACUACCAGGUAUGCAUGGCAUGCCGGGAUCUGCUGGCGCACCCGGCCGUGAUGGACGAGACGGAGCCAAAGGCGACUUGGGCACCCCAGGGAAGACUGGGCCCCAGGGACCACCUGGUGCAAAUGGAAUGAAAGGGGUGAAGGGAGAACCUGGGAUCCAGGGUCCUGCAGGCCAAAAGGGAGACCAGGGGGACAAAGGCGACAGUGGAUCUCCUCGACUGGCUUCAUACAUGAACUGGAAGGAGUGUGUCUGGAAAAGACGAGACGACAAGGAUUCAGGAGAGAUUCAUGUAGGUCACGUCAUUUUAGUUCGUGAAGAAAUCUAUUUUACGAACUCCCAACAAAGCAACAAUUUGUUUUCCCCUCAGAAUAUAGUGAAUAAUUUCUUUCUUUCUUUUUCACGCAGAACUGUACCUUCAUGAAGAAGUACGCAGACACUGUUCUCCAUGUUUACUUUGCUGGGAACUUUAAAACGACAACAUGCGACGGCUGCUGUAGUCGGUUGUAUUUCACCUUCAAUGGCAAUGAGUGUAGCUCUCCUGGAACUACCGACGGUGCAUUCUACCAGGAAACAAACGCAAAUCACCGUCACAGACACAUUGAAGGCCACUGUCAUAACAUAAAAAAGGGAACAGUGCGAGUUGCACUCUCAGUUGGAAAGUGCGUCACCGGCGACAAGCUUGCAGACUCCCUUACUGGUUGGCAUUCAAUGAGUCGUAUCUUCAUUGAGGAAGUGCCAAAACCACAGCAGUAA